AUGAGUGAGACAUUUGACAUGUACUUUGACUAUUGUACUUCUGUUUCGGCAAUUGCAGCAGUUUUUGACCCACGGACAAAAUUGGACUUCGUGCAUUACUCGUUCACAGAGUUAUAUGGUGGGCAUACUAAGAAAUACUUAUUGAUUGAUGAUAUUCUUGGUCAUAUUUUUGAUGAAUAUGCAGAAGGCCGUAGCAGUCAAGCAUCUACUUCAUAUGAUGAUAACUAUUCUGAUAUACUAGAUAGGUGGUACAAGUCUAAAAGAGAUAUGAAUAAGGCUCAUUCACGAAGGGCCGAGCUCCAUCGAUAUUUAGAAGAGCCUAUACCUGAUUUUGAGGGAGAGUUUGACAUAUUGGGUUGGUGGCAUACAAAUAGUACAAAAUUUCCAACUCUUUUGAGGAUGGCUUGUGAUAUCUUGACAAUUCCACUGACUUCUAUAUCAGAUUCUGCUUUCAGUAUUGAAACUAUGACAAUCAAUCCAACCUUCAAUGGUUUGGAUCCUGACAUCAUAGAGGCCUUGGUAUGUGGGGAGAACUGGUUGGACAAUCCUAUUAGGAUGUAA